AUGGCAAAACGGACCGUCCAAGUCUUGCUUUUCUUAGGGCUACUCUUCAACAAUACCCGAUGUGCUACACCGAUUGCGCCGCAGACCACCCCCAUACACCAAGCGAACAACGAAGUUCCCCCUGCAUGCGGCGAUUUCCCUGGCAACCCUCCCGACCCUUGUUCUGACACGUUCGGCAACAGCUUUUACGUCGCAGAGAGCUUUAGAGAGCCUCAUAUGCCGUUCGGUGAGAUAACCAAGAUCCUAGAAGUGAUGAUGACCGAACAGUGGCAAUACUCCCUCGAAGACGGCUGGGACGCGCUCGAACCAAUACCCGAUCAUUAUUGGGGUCCCUCUCAUCCCAUACGAUUAUUUGGUUGGCAGCUGAGCUCGUACACUACGGGCGGAACAGGUUCUCCCGAUGCUUUGAACUAUAUAUGGCUCUGGCAGCAUAUGUUUCAAUUUGUCUGGCUCUGGGAAAGCAGAGGAUAUGUUCCCACAUUCAACUUCUCUUUGACUGACCACGAUCGCUGGCCGGACGCAUUAGCACAUACUUUCGUUGUCUCGAAAGAGGAAUGGCAGGUCAAUAAUAAGUCGUUGAGCACUGCGUAG